AAAACAAAAGGUUUAUCCAUUUCUGUCAAAUUCCUGCAAUCAUGGAGAAGAUGAUUUGCAAGGAGUGCGAAAACGAAGACGGAUUCGACGAAGAAGAUGGCUUUAUCUACUGCCGAGAAUGCGGCGUUAGAGUGGACGAUAUCAUCGCAACCGCCGUCGACGACGAGGAUCUCGUCGGAGAAGGCGGAGGUACUCGCGGCGCAACGUAUAACCCAAUUCACACUCGUCGUCGACCAUCACAACUAAUGGAUACUCCUUCACAGCCUCGCUUCACAGAGGAAAGGGAUCGUUACUCCCAGUUUCGCUCUCAGCUUAAAUCCGCACUCCCAUCGGAGCCGGCGGAUUUCGGAUCAGGAUCAGGAGCAUCGGAUUUGAGUUACGAGUCGUGUUACAAACAGACAAGAGACAGAUACGUCCACGGUUUCGUGAUGAUGGUAACGUAUCAGUGCGAUGCGUUGGUAGAGAAAUUCAAUGUGACGCCAUUGAUUAUUGGUUUGGUCGCACCCAUAUGCUUACGUUUCGUGGCUCUCUCUGGCGUCUUCGAUGACGAUUGGGCCGAUAAAGCUAUUCAUGAAUCCGAGCUUCAAUCAAAAGAGACAAAGAUAGAAGUAAGAGAGGGUAAGAGGCGUAACAGAGACAAAGGUGUGGAACAUCGUAACUUUGAUGGUAAGAGAGCAGUAAUGAUAUGGCUAAGUCAGCUUAGAAAGUCUCUGCCAUUAUCGAGCUCUCUGGCUAUAUCUUUCCUUGCUUGUCACAAAGCAAGAGCACCGGUUCUACCUACUGAUUUAGUUAGAUGGGCACGAGAAGGAACGAUUCCGUAUCAAUCAUGUUUCCUCAAGAUUCAAGAACGGAUGGGAGUGCGAUCAGCUGCUUGUCCUGUGGAUGCGAGCACAAUGUUUAGGCCUGAUCACGUUAUUUCUGCUCAAGUGUUGGAAACACGAGCCGCCUCCAUUGCUGAUAUUAUCGGUUUGCUUCUGCCUCCUGUUAAUCUAUACGGUAUAGCUUCAAACUAUUUAAAGCGGUUGUCUGUUCCAGAGGAUAAGGUUCUCGAUCUUGUGCGUCUCAUUCAGAGGUGGUCGAUGCCUCCGGAUUUGUACCUAUGUAAGAACGAGUAUAAGCUCCCCACUCGUGUCUGUGUCAUGUCUAUUCUGACUGUAGCUAUACGGAUGGUUUAUAACAUCAAUGGUUUCGGUGUGUGGGAACGUUCAAAUGAUGUUGCUAGUGAGGCUGAUGUCGUGGAGCCUGAUUCUCCAGUUCAUGAUGAUGAUGAUGUUUCAGAGACGGAAUCGGUUGAUGCAGAGUUACCAGAUGUCGAGAAAGCUACUGAGUUGGACACAGAAGAGCUUCUAAAGAACCUUGACACCAAAUAUUACGAGCUUGCUGAUGAAACCGAUGAAUAUGAAAAGGAUCUUUUGUCAUACUUAUCUCACGGGAAAAACGAGCUCUUUGCUGGUCUAGCAGAAGCAUCAGCUGAUGACACAUACAGAACUGUUGAUAAUCUGUGGAAUGGUUACCCUAAAGACGAUGGAUCUGAACGGGUUUGUACUCCACUCAAGAGGGGAAGAGACAGGGAAGAUGACAAGUUAAGUGAUGGAAACAGUCCUCGUAGUAAGCAUGCAAGAAAAAGCGGAACCGGGUCAAUAGAUUGUGAUGAGCCAUCUUUGGAAUGUGUUCCAUCACCAGAUAAUCAUCAUCAUAAUCAGGAAAAGAAAUCUAAGGAGAGCGCGAUAAGAAGACUAAUAACGGACAUGGGAGAGAAUUUUUUCGUUUACAUACCGCCUCGUGUGAGGGUAAAGAGACAAGGCUAUCUUCAUUAUUUGAGGAAGAAAGACGAUGGAGAAUUGAUAUACCGGGCUCACGCUGAUUACUACAUCCUUUUGCGUGUUUGCGCUCGUGUCGCUGAGAUUGAUCCGAGGAAUAUGCAUAGAGGUGUGUUGAGCUUUGAGAGAAGAUUAGCUUGGAUGGAGAAAAGGAUUGAUCAUGUUUUGCGUCUAAAACCACCUAUUAAGAAAUGUAAGCUCUGUCGUAAAGAUGACGAUAAAGAUGACGAUAAAGAUGGCUUUAAAGACGAUGAUAAAGAUGAUGAUAAAGAUGGCGAUAAAGAUGACGAUAAAUAUGACGAUAAAGAUGACGAUACAGAUGACGAUAUGGUUUUGUCUUAGGCAUUACAAUACGAAUUUUAGUCUGAAACUUUCAAAUUGACAUCAGCUUGUCGAGAAAAUCCUUAUUUUUAUGCUUUAAUAAAUUCUCAACAAUAGGU